GAUUUAGAAGUACAGAAGCAAGCGGUUAAGUCGUUCUGGUAACUUAAUGGGGUUCGGGCUAACGACAUGUUUUUCAGCGAUGAGAAAAAUACGCAAUUAUUUACCAAAGCCACAAUGGGGGGUAAGCCUUAGAUGAAAAGUCCAAUUGGAAUACUAAAUUGGAUUGAACUCAGUGGAUUGCCAGAUUGCUGUUAUUAAACUGUUUAGGAUUUCUUCAACAAUACUUUGUUAUUAACAGUGAGGAGAAAUGUAGGAAACAAACUGAAACUCAGUUCUGUCUAGGAUUUUAACAACUUACCGCACACAAAGAUGUAAAUAUACUGGAUAAUUUGAGACCAAAAUAGUACUCUCCCUUGAAAUCUAAGUUAUGUAAUCGAAAUCAGACAGAUUAGUAUGCCAGAGAGUGCAACAUGAACCUAGGCAAUCACCUCACACUUCUUGCCACAAUUCUAGGCGAGCUUGUGUAUCUUUGUACAGGGAUCAAAUGUCCGUCAGAUAAGGUGACCCUACAAGGAACGUCAGAAGUACAAACGAUCUCAUCCCCAAAUUAUCCUUCCAAUUAUGAAGCAGCUCAACUAUGCAAAUGGCUAAUUAAGUCGGACAAAAGUUACGAAAUGAUCCAGUUUAGGUUUAAAGAUUUAAAGCUACAAGACAGCGGGAGUUGUGUGUAUGACUACUUAGAGAUACUAGAUGGAGAUGGCCUGUAUUCUAGGACUCUACGUAAAUUAUGCGGUCUUGAUACCCCAACUUACACCGUUAGCUCUUCCUCAAACGAAGCUUUAGUUGUAUUUCGAGCUGAUAAUCAAUUUGAAGACAAUGGCUUUGAAUUAGAGUAUUGGACGAUGCCAAAAAUGUUCGAAGAAUUCAAAGACAUUCAAUAUGGACUUGCCAACUACAUAUGUUUUGGUAUAUGUGUACUGCUCCUGAUUUCUCUCAUUAUAACAAUAACAUUUGUCUGUAUAGACAACGGUAGAACGGUUAGAAAACGACAAAGACUCAUGCUCCAAAGGCAAAAGUCAGAAUUAGAUAUUUUAGAACGACUGGAGUCAAUAUCAAGGAGGACUUCAAGAAUUGCAAUCCAUAAGACGUCCACUGCGUUGCUGACUUCAUCCACUGACUGCUAAUAUUAAUAGUCAUAAAACCAACAUGCAUCCUAACUCAAUAUAGAUGUUGAAGAAUGGGGCGAAGUUCAGUAUUCGUCGGUUAACUAUGUAUUAUUCGGCUACGUUGGGACAUUUUACCUCUCUAUCAUCGUUUGGAUCGUUGUGAUUGUGUUCGCUGAGAAGGAGCGACGAAAUAAGCUAAGGCUGACACAACAAGGGGAGCCCGAUCAGAAUAUUUAUCUGAAGAAAAAAAACUAGGUCAUGUAGCCAAAACUGGAAUAAACACCAAUAGAUGGCAUGACAUUAUUUAUUCGAUACUGCUGGACAGUGUCAUGACAACGUAUAACUAAUAACGUUGAUAUUUUUCAAUAUUUUGAAGUCUUGAUCUUGAAAAUGCCAUGACUGAAACGCACGCUAUAUAUAUCAGUCAAGCCAUGUCCAUCGAUCGACUUGAGUGCCAGUGCAAAGCAAAACUAAUGUCCAAAUGCAUUGUCACAUUAUAUUUACAUUUUUAUAUUUAUUUUAUAUUUUAUUUUAUUGCUCCAUUUUCUGAAGUAUUGCGCUUUAUCCCCGCGUGAGAGACUUGACACUGUGUAUAGCAAUGACCACUGGUCGUAAUACAGGGCGGUCCAAAAAGUGGAACAGUAUUAAUCAAUUUCAGUCUGAAAUAUUGCGCAAAUUCAUCCACACGUGAGAGACUUGGCACUGUUUAAAGCAAUGACCAUUAGUCGUAUAUACAGGGUGGCUCAAUUUUUGGGAAGCCUUUGAAAACAUGUUGAUUAUGGCUGCUCAGUUACAUUUUUGGUGUAUUUACCACAAAUAAAAACAUUAAGUGGAGAAAUAAAUUUUCAGCAUACAUUUAAGUAAUGUUCCAUUAUUUGGACCACCCUGUAGUUAGAUGACCGAUUACAUUUGGGUACACUCGUUGUACGAGGGUACAUAUUCGACAAUAAAUAAUGCAC